CGUCGGGCCAGUAGGAAUAGUAGUUGUUUUGCUAGCGUCGAGGUGGUGGAUACACACCCUCACCAUCUCGAGAGAUGGCCCAAGCUACUGACUCCAGCGUCGUCCCGCGAACACGUUCAGACACAUCGAGCCUCUGUUCGAUGAAUGUGUUCGAGUCCUUAGAGGAGCUAGAGGAGGAGUGGUUUAAAUCAGACCCGCUAGCUUCUUGGACGGCCCUAGUCAAAGCCGCGAAGGGUGAGAUGUUCGUCAGCGAGGUGGUCAUUGGCGGCCGCAAGGCCGGGUCCUAUUAUGACACUUGCUCGACUAGGAACUUUAUCAGUCGCGCGUGCGUUGAGAGGCUGCGCUUACAGGGGCGAGUGCAAUGCUUGAGUCGACCUGUGGAGUCGAUCUGUGCCAACAAACAGCGCAUGGUAGUCAACGACUACCUCCAAGAUGUUGAGUGUUGUUUCCCGUACGCGGGAGGGGAAUUGAGACAUCGCGUCUCGUUCCUAGAACUGUAUGCGGUUUACAAGGCUCUGACCCAUUGGAGGCACUAUCUCCUUGGGAGGUUCUUCAUCCUCAAGAGUGAUCAUCAGACCCUGAGAUGGAUGAGAACUCAGCUUGUACUCUCUAACGCUCUCAAGCGUUGGAUCGAAGUCAUUGAGCAGUACGACUUUGACCCGCAGUAUCUGAAAAGGGAGUACAACAAGGUUGUUGAUGCCUUGUCGCGUAAACCUGAUUUCUCAGGUGCGCUGAUUACUGAGUUCGAUCUUGCGGACAAUGUUACUCAGUCCCUGGUGGAAGCCUAUCGUGAGGAUCCGUUCAUGUCUGAGAUCAUCCGUAGACUCGAAGCGAAGGACAAAGUGACUUCUGCCAAGUUUGAGUUGGUCAACGACUUGCUGUUCCUCGAGAAGGCUGGGAAUAAACGUUUGUGUGUUCCUAAUAUGGAGUCUUUGAGGAGUUUAUUUUUAGGCGAAUGUCAUGAUGCCACCAGCCAUUUUGGGUACAAAAAGACCGUAGCUAAUCUGCUGCAGCAGUUCUUGUGGCCCACGAUGAUGCGAGAUGCCCAGCUGUACGUGGAGACUUGUCAAGUCUGUCAGAGGGACAAGCCACGUACGCAGGCUCCUCUUGGGCUCCUGAAGCCCCUUCCAAUUCCGGAAAGGCCUGGUGAGAGCUUGUCCAUGGACUUCAUGGAUACACUGGUCACCAGCAAGAGUGGGAUGAGAUACAUCUUCGUUAUCGUGGAUAUAUUUAAGUCGGAGGUCUGCAAUGGGUCACGGGGUCUGGGGGAGGUCUUCAAGUGUCUUGAUCGGCAGCAAGAAGGGGUCUUCGAAAGUCUUGAGCAGUCCCAGGUCAGCGGCAGCGAUAGGGGUCUUCAAGGAGGUCUUGGUCAGGUUGAUGAUGGAAGCAAGGCGAACUGCAAAGGUCUUGGUCAGCGGCAAGGGGGGUCUUCAAUGGUCUUCGUCAAGGAGGAACAAGAUGCCGAGUAAUUUCUGGUCGUGGAGGAUGGGGAGAACUUGGCGGAGAUGAUCAAGGUGGGACUCGAAGGUGGGGAUAAAAACAAGGAUGUCGUCGAGGUAGAUCACGACACAGACUUUGAGGAGGUCGCGGAAGAUGUGGUUCAUGGUGGAUUGGAAUGUGGCGGGGGCGUUGGUGAGACCGAAAGGCAUUACGAGAAACUCGUAGUGCCCGAAGCGGGAGCGGAAGGCGGUCUUGUGGGUGUCCUCCUCGCGGAUGCGGAUCUGGUGGAAGCCAUUGAGGAGAUCAAUCUUGGUGAAGUAUUUGGCUCCACGGAGGCGAUCAAGACGUUCGGAUAUCCGGGGAAGCGGAUACUUGUUCUUGAUCAUGAUCCAGUUCAAGGCGCGGUAGUCUGUGCACAUGAGGAGUUCCGAGGUGUCGUUCUUCUUGACGAGUAGACAGCGGGUUCCGAAGGGGGAGGAGCUAGGCUUAAUGAAUCCUUUUUCAAGGA